AGUAGCUUCGUAGCUUCACAUCUUUUGUUCCACAAAAUUGCAUUUAUUUACCAAGAUACUAAUAAAUAAACCUACAAGUCUGUUUAACACACUUAUAUCGGUAAUAACGAGGAUGGACUCUGCGUACCUGAAACAGAAACUGGGGAAAUGUCUUGUGGAAGGUUUGGCAGAAGUAAUCGAGCAGAGACCCGCAGAUCCGAUUGAGUUCCUGGCACAGUGGAUCUAUAAAUACAGAGAAAACCUGGAGAGAGCAGAGAAGAGAGCUGCAUAUGAGAAGCAGCUAGCGGAAGAGCUGGAGAGAGCCAGAGAGGAAGAACUGCAUCAGAAACAACUGAGAGAAGAGGAGGAGUGCAUCAGAGCUGAACAGGAGGACAAAGCUGACCCUGUCGCACCAUUGCAUGAUGCAGCACCCGCUGAAACUGAGAGGACUGUAGAGCUUCAGUCAGAAGAAGGAACCGAACGUCCACCAGCGCAGCCUCAUUCACUGGAAGAGGAUGAAUCCAGCCUUGUCGAUCCCACAGGCUCAGAACAGCAGCCUGCAGAUGUGGAGAGAUCGCCCUCUAGAGCUGAGACUGAGGAUGUGCAGAGACCUGAGGAUUCUGAGCAAGGGCCCACGGAGACGGAUGCAGACAGACCACAGUCUCUGGACGUAGAGAAUGCAGACGAUGCAGAAGUAAAGCCUGAUGAAUCUGCAUCUGAGAUACAUACUGCAGUUCCACCUGUCAGUCCCCUCACCCAGCCAAGCCAAAGCCAGUCAGAGGAGGAGCAAGCAGAUGAUGACUCAGCACAAGCUCCACUAAACCCAGCAGACGCUGUCCCUGAGGAAGAACCUCCAAGUCAGGAGCAUUCUCCAGCACUAUCUGAGUCACAGGGCCUGAAUGACCCUGAGAACACCCACCCUGACACAGCUGAAGACCAAACAGCAGCUGUGCCGGAAAGCAGUGCUCCCGCGCCGGAAAGCAGUGCUCCCAAACCGGAAGAAACACCCUCAGAGCUGAAGGAAGACAUGGAGGAGAAUGAAGAGGACGAAAACUAAGGAAGAUUUUCUCUAAAUGCUUUUAUACAAUAACCUACAGUUCCUCUUUCAGAGCCAUAUGCAUAUUUAAUGUACGUUCUUAUAUAUAAACACAUUAAUCAGUUCUA